AUGUCCCAAGAUUUCAUUAAUACUGAUAAUCAUACGUCUAAUUUAAGUUCGAAUAACUUAUAUACAAAUAUAAACGCCGGUAAUAGCAUCAUGUCUGAAGAAUUAGCUGUCAAAGAUAAUAGUAAUUCUACCGUGGCGUCCGAUAAUACGGAAAGAACACCUUGUGACGCAGAAAAUGGUCUGAUAUAUACUACAGGAAGAAGUGUAGUUUCGGAUAAUGCUGGCAAUCAGGACAAAGGUAAAAAUUUCCCUAAUGGCGAAAGCUCUUCGGCCAGUGGUAAGUCGGAAAACAGCCAUGCAGAUGACGAGAACGAUGGUAGCACAGAAAACAAUUCCAAGCUUGGACAGCCAUCAUUUAGUUAUGAUUCUGAAAUUUUUCAACUCUGUCAACAUUAUCUUACCACGAAAAAUCAUCAAGGUUUAGCAUUGGUUGCGAGACAAAAAGGUUUACCUCCAUUUUUGAGAUUUAAGAUUUGGCCUAUACUAUUGAAGCACCAUCCAUUCGUUGUGAAUCCAUUUAUCGAACCAGAUAAUGAAGUUAAUAAUGAAAAUGAUACGAAUACUGAAGAAGAUCUCAAACUGGAUAUAAAGAGGGAUUUAUUAAAAUACAUACAUCGUUUGAACUACACAAACUUAAUUGAUUUGAAUAAUGCAUCACCAGAAGAACAAGAAGUCUUUAAGAUUUUGGAAUCUUCAAUCUUGAAAUUCGUUAAAAAGUGGGGCAAGAUAAUGAAAUAUGAUCAUGCUUUAACGUGGAUUGCUUUGGGCCUUGCCGAAUGGUUUCCUCCUAUCCCUAAUACAUCAUGGGUUUUGGUUGGUAGAGAUUUUCCUUCGUCCAAAACCUCAUGCAUUAAAAACCUUUUUCAUGAUUAUUCCAAUUAUAUUAAUAAUGUUCCAAACCUCAAUGAAUACCUUGAGGAUUUAGUCAAUGAUAAAGAAAUUAUUAACAUGUCAUUCCGCGACGUAUAUGAACGGUUAGUUUUAGUACUAUUGCAUGCACCAGAAGAAAAGAUUAAGAACAAAUCUAAAGAUUUAUUGGGCCCAAAGAAAAUUAAUAGAAAGAUCUUGCCGAUUAAUGGUGGUACUAUAGAAGAAAGAGUUUCAUUUUUUAUUUACUGCUUUAGAAAGUUAUUACCUGAGUUAUCCCAGUAUUUCCAAGAAGAACAAAUUUUAAAUAAAUUUGGUAGUCAUGAUGAUGAAUGGCUAAUCUGGUGGUUAAAGUGGUGUGGCUCGAAAGUGUGGUCAAGGUUAGACCGAGGCAGAAUCUGGGAUUUAAUUUUUGGUUGGAGAUUACAAAAUUUUAAGAAAUCCAAUUCAUAUUAUGUAGAGAAAUUAAAUUUGAGUGAUAACUUAAUUAAUAAGUUGGGUCCCGAUAACUUUUGGUCUGUGAGUAAAGAUAAUGACGACCUGACGAUAGAAAAUUAUAAAAAAUCCAGCUCGUUUAAAGAUUUGAUUAAUGAAUUGAAUAUUAAUGAAUCUUCAAAUUCAAAUUCUCCUACUUCGAAUUCGCCGCUGAAUUCAUCAAUCAAUGAAGAUCUACUUCCACCACUGCCAUUAUCUUCAUCUUCAUUUUCAUCGUCAAAUAUUGCACCGGCUGAUGAAUUUAAUAUACCGUUCUCAAAAUUGGAUCCCCAUGUUGAAUUAUUAUUUGUCACAUUGGCCUUGUUAAAAUCUAAAGAAAAUACGUUGAUGGAAUUAGAUCAACAUGAAAUUAGACAAUUCUUGUCAAGGUUACCUACGAAAUCCAUAAAUAUAAGUAAUAAGUAUAAGCAUUUCAAGCCUCAAGAAUCAGAUAUGAAUAAUAAUAUUAUAUCAAAUGACUCGAGGAACAAUCAUAAAAUUGACUUCAUGGAUAAUAUUAUUAACGAAUCCGGGGAAUUGUGGAGAAAAUGGUUAUGGCUGGAAAUGAUAGAUGACAAUUAA